AUGGCAAUGUCCUGCCGGUAUGCGACGCAGAGCUGCGCUCGCCAAUUGCGCUCUGUCUCCUCUGCUAGAGCCCCUGCACAGAUGCUUCGGAUCGCCUCGACGACAAGAAGGUUCAACUCAACUGAGGCCGCUCCGACGAACCCCAAGAUUGCCGAGAUUGUCGAUCAGAUCAGCCGGUUGACGCUUCUGGAGACUGCCGACUUGGUAUCAAGCCUCAAGAGCAAACUGAACAUCCCCGAUAUGCCAAUGGGUGGCUUCGCCGCUGCCGCUCCCGCUGCCGCCCCCGCCGAGGAAGUGGAAGAAGCCGCCCCUGCUGCUGCCGAGAAGUCCCUCUUUACCCUGAAGCUGCAAGCUUUCGAUGCCGGCGCGAAGGCCAAGAUUAUCAAGGAAAUCAAGAGUCUGCUAGGACUCAGCUUGGUAGACAGCAAGAAGUUUGUGGAGAGUGCACCAAAGAUGAUGAAGGAGAACAUUCCUAAGGAUGAGGCCGAGAAGAUUAUGGCCAGCAUGAAGGAGCUUGGUGCUACUGUUGUCAUGGAGUAA